AUGACGAUCCCGAUUUAUAAUUCCGAAAUUGCACCUCCUGCGAAGCGUGGUAUGAUUGCCGGACUGCACGCACAGAUGGUUGGUGUUGGCUUCGCAGUCGCAAACUGGGUAGGAUACGGUUGUUCGUUCGCUUCCGGAGAUUUCCAAUGGCGAUUCCCUCUUGCCUUCCAAUGCCUGCCAGCAAUAAUCGUCAUGAUUGGUACUUUCUGGCUCCCAUUUUCUCCUCGAUGGUUGCUUCAGAAUGAUCGUGAUGAUGAAGCCUACACUGUUCUGAAGCGGCUCCAUGGGAAUGUAGGCCACGACGAGUCAUUCUUCCAAGCCGAGUACUCACAAAUGCGGGACCAAAUCCAUUUCGAGAACACAAUUGUUGUCCGAAGUAUCAAGGAGCUAUGGACGAAGAAGAGUUAUAGAAAGAGAAUUGGUCUGGCAAUUCUGGUUCAGAUCUUCACCCAACUGUCGGGUAUCAAUGUCAUCAAUUAUUACCAAACAGAUCUCUACAAGGGUUUGGGUAUUACAGGACAUAAUGUCACUUUAUUGGCAAGCAUCUAUGGUAUGUGUGGGCCAAUCGCCAACGUGAUCUGCCUCUACUUCGUGGAUCAAUGGGGUCGUAAGAAGACGCUAUGGAUCACUGGCAUCAUCAUGACUAUUGACAUUUCCUUGGAAAUGGCCAUGUCUGCGGUCUUCACCAAGUCCGACAACGAGGUCGGCAAGGGCUUUGGCAUUGCCUUCAUCUUCUUGUUCACGGUCAUCUACUCUCUCGGAUACAACUCGAUCCACUACAUCUACGUCCCAGAAAUUAUGACCAUGGCCAUCCGUGCUAAAGGCAGUUCCAUCGCCGUCUGCUGUAACGUAUUGAUCAACAUUCUCUUCAACCAAAUCUCGCCCAUCGCCUUUGCAAAUGUCGGGUGGAAAUACUACUCUCUCUUCAUCUGCACCAAUGCUGUCGGAGCCAUCACCGUUUUCUUCCUCUUUCCCGAGACUAAGGGCAAGUCACUGGAAGAGAUCGGCGCUAUUUUCGGCGAUGAGGUCAUCACAGCAGAUCUGGACACUAUUCAGCAAAAGAAUCUAGCCAAUGAAGAGCAUAUAGAAGAUCAAGCGAUGGAGAACGAUGGCUCAAUUGUACCAGCCCAGGAGAUGGAAUUGGGCAGUGUACAUGUGGAUAAGAAGACUGCGUAG